UUUGUUGUGACGAGAACCCAAGCAGCCCUCUGUUCUAAUGUUGCUGGACGCCAUCAUUUGGUUACCCACACUAUUCACCUACAUUGUGUUCCUGCUCAUACUGAUCAUACUGUUCUUCAUCGUGGCCUAUGUCAGCCAUAAGAUCUAUAUAUCCAUCUAUGAUAAUCUGCCGUUGCCGGCAGCGCCUGGCUCCCGAUCCUCGGUGGCGUUGCGCGAACAUUCGCGUGAUUUCUCACGCCUGGAACACUUUGGCGCCCAGAUGAGCUCGCGCUCCGUGUGGAUACAGAAUCGUUCGACGAUCUUUGACUCGCCGGUGGUGCGCAUCACGCUGACUUUGGAGCCGUGCUUUCUGAUCAGCGUCGCGCUGGACAUCUACUCGGAUCCGAACCAGCGGGCGAUUAGCUGCCUGUGCAAUUGCAGCGACACCGAAAUCAAGUGCACCAUGCUGGACGUCCAGGCCGUUAGCAAUGUUCGUGUGUUCAAGUAUUACGAUGAUCUGGCCAGUGUGCCGCGUCUCAAGGUCCUGUUGCGCUGCAAUGAGCGCAAGAAUAUGCGAUUCGUGCUGGACGAUGUCAUCAAGGAUGUCAUGGAGACACGCUGCUCGGACAAUGCGUCCGCUUGCAAUACGCCGUCCCGAAAAAGUCGACUAACAGACACAGAGAGAGAGUGAGAGAGAGAGAGAGAGAGAGAGAGAGAGGGAGGCAGCUGCACUGUGGUUCGCAUGUACUCAUAAUUAGGACUUUAUUUUUGUAGAACUCGUUUUCUCCAUAUAUUGUGUGUGUUGUUGUAAAUGAUAAAUAUAUUCUCGGCAUGGCUUACGGUCAUGCCCCCCGUUAAACCAG